AUGGCGGCGGCGGGAGAGGCGGAGGGGCCGCGGAAAGCGGAGAAGGAUUUUAGGGCCAGAAACACUCCAGAGCAGAGAGAGGGACAGAGGAAGGAGCUGCAGCCCCCAGCACCUGUCCCUGCAGCUCCUGAACACCAGGUCCUGCUCCCAGCCCAUGCCAUGGAGGGACAGGUGGAUAAUCAGCAGAGCGUGGUGAAGCUGGUGGCCGCGUUCGAAGAGCACUGCAGGAACAGCACAUCUGCCCAGAGGGAUAAGCAGGCAGGCAGCCAGCCCCAACAGCUUCCAACAUUCCCUGCCAGCCAGAGGUGCUCCCUGACCACAGAAGAGAAUGAGGAGGAGAAGGAUCAGCAAGGUCGGCGUGGACUCAGCUUCAAAUGCCUCAGUUCUUUGCGAUACAAAAUCCGUGAGGACGACUGGAGGAGGCCACAGGGCCCAGGCCUGGAGCCUGGCAGCCAGGAACCAGAGGAAAAGAAAAUCGCACUGGAGCUGGUGGAGACAGAGCAGGCUUAUGUCAACCGCCUCCACCUUCUUGACCAGGUGUUCUAUACAGAGCUGAUGAAAGAAGCCAAAACUGGGAAGAUGGUCCCAGAGGAGGUGGUGAAAAUGAUCUUUUCCAACAUCUCCUCUAUCUACCAGUUCCAUGCUGAGUUUUUCCUGCCAGAGCUGCAGAAGCGCAUGGAGGAUUGGAACUGCAACCCCCGCAUUGGGGAUGUGAUCCAGAAACUUGCACCCUUCCUCAAGAUGUAUGGGGAGUAUGUGAAGAACUUUGACAAGGCCGUGGAGCUCAUCACUACCUGGUCAGAGAAAUCACCGCCCUUCCAGGAGCUCAUUGCUGACAUCCAGAAGAGGAAGGUGUGUGCUAACCUGACGCUGCAGCACCACAUGCUGGAACCUGUGCAGAGGAUCCCGCGCUACGAGCUCCUCCUGAAGGAUUAUGUCCGGAAACUCCCGCCCCAGUCCCCCGACAGGGGCGAUGCUGAGAAAGCCCUGGAGAUGAUUUUUAUGGUGGCCAAGCACUCCAAUGCAGCUAUUGCCGAGAUGGAACGGCUGCAGAACCUCUGGGUGGUCUAUCAGAGGCUGGGCCUCGAGGAUGACAUCGUGGAUCCCUCCAACGAGCUGAUCAAGGAGGGACCUAUCCAAAAAAUCUCCACCCGCAGUAACAGCACAUCGGAGAAGUACCUGUUCCUGUUCAACAAUAUGCUGCUGUACUGUGUGCCCAAGGUCAUCCAGGUGGGCGCCGAGUUCCAGGUCCACCUCCGCAUGGAUGUGGAGGGCAUGAAGGUGCGGGAGCUGAAGGACACCGAGUUCCCUCACACCUUCCUGGUCUCGGGAAAGCAGCGGACGCUGGAGCUCCAAGCCAGGUCUGAGGAGGAGAUGAACGCCUGGAUCAAGGCCUUCCAAGAUGCCAUUGACAGGAGGGAGAAGAGGAGUGAGACCUUUAAGACAGCAGUCCAUGGACUGGAGACAGACACCCCUGCACUGCAGACAGAGGAGCUGGGCCGCCGAGCCCCACAGUGGGUGCGGGACAAUCUGGUGACCAUGUGCAUGCGCUGCAAGGAGCCCUUCAAUGCCAUCACCCGCCGGAGGCACCACUGCCGAGCCUGUGGAUAUGUGGUGUGUGCUCGCUGCUCCGACUACAAGGCCGAGCUGCAGUACGAUGGGAACCGCCCAAACCGCGUCUGCCAGGAGUGUUUCAUCUUCCUGACCGGCCACACGGUGCUCGAGGACCGCGAGGGGAAGCACAAAGGCAUCCUGGAGAAAGGAGCUGCAGAGGUUUCAAGCAGGAGUUUGCUCUGCAGUUCCCUGCAGCUGCUGGACAAGAACAGCAAGGGGAGCACACGGGGCUGGUUCGUGAUCCCACAGGACGAUCCCCUAGUGCUCUACAUCUAUGCAGCCCCCCAGGACGUCCGAGCCCACACCUCCAUCCCCCUGCUGGGCUACCAGGUGCGGGACAUGCCCCAGAGCGAGUCCCGGCACCUCUUCCAGCUGGUGCAGUCCCGGCAGGUGUUCACCUUCGUGGCUGACACUGAGGAGCUGAAACAACGUUGGAUGAAGGCCAUGGCCCGCUCUGCUGCAGGGAUCACACACCCAGAGGAGGAGGAGGAGGAUGCAGACCCCUGUGAUGAAGCAGAAUGAGGCCAUUCCCAUCCCUGCGCUGCCGGGGGUGGAUCACACCUCCCCUGCCUGCUCUCUGCUGGCUUCAGGCAGACUCCCGACAUCUCCGCGUUCUGGUUUUCCAUCGUGAUAGGGGCAAGAUGGGGACACGUUUGCCACCACACGGACAAGCUGGACCCCCUUUCCCUCCCUCCCCGCUCUCCGCGCUGGACAGAGGAGCUGGGAGUGGAGGGAAGAGGAUUUUGGGGAGCCCGCGCCCCGCAGACCCCGGGCCGGGCGCUGUGCGGUGCCGCCCGCGGCCACGCGAGGGCAGCACCGCCCCGUCCUUCGCAGCUCGGGGAUGCCCCGAGUCGGGAGAGUCUGUGGGACCCGAGUGAUGAGAUAAGCCCCACCUGCGACCCCUCUCUGCACUCCAUGCAGCGGU